AUGCAACGUAUCCGCUGUUUCAGCACAUCCCAGGUCACCCGCAACUACGCCUCCACCAUCAAGAACCUCCAGGUCAACUCCUCGACGAAGGUGAUUUUCCAGGGUUUCACCGGUAAACAGGGUACUUUCCACGCGCAACAAGCUAUUGACUAUGGCACCCAAGUGGUCGGAGGUACUAACCCCAAGAAGGCCGGCCAAUUGCACUUGGGACUCCCUGUCUUCAAGAAUGUUGCUGAUGCCGUCAGACAGGCUGGUGCUACUGCUUCUGGAAUCUUUGUGCCCCCUUCUAUCGCUGCUGCAGCAAUUGAGGAGGCCGUAGAAGCUGAGAUCCCCCUGGCUGUUUGUAUCACGGAAGGUAUUCCUCAACAUGACAUGUUGAGAGUGGCUGACAUACUUAAAUCUCAGUCGAAAACUAGACUUGUGGGACCUAACUGUCCUGGAAUCAUCGCUCCGGAACAGUGCAAGAUUGGUAUCAUGCCAGGUUUCAUCCACAAGAAGGGUAAGAUUGGAAUUGUCUCCAAAUCUGGUACAUUGACUUACGAGGCCGUCUCUCAAACCACAAACGUUGGUCUAGGUCAAAACUUGGUCAUUGGUGUCGGUGGUGAUUCGAUUCCAGGUACUAACCUGUUGGAGGUCGUCAAUCUCUAUUUGAACGACCCGGAAGUUGAAGGUAUUAUUAUGAUUGGUGAAAUUGGUGGAACCGCUGAGAUUGAAGCCGCUGAACUGAUCAAACAACACAACAGCACCGUCUCCGUUCCAAAGCCGUUUGUCUCUUUCAUCGCUGGUGUCACCGCUCCUCCGGGCAGAAGAAUGGGUCACGCUGGAGCCAUCAUUUCUGGUGGUAAGGGUGAUGCUAAGUCUAAGAUUGCUGCUCUGGAGUCUGCAGGUGUCAUUGUUUCCCCAUCUCCAGGAAGACUAGGUAAACUGUUGUACGAUGACUUCGUUAACAAAAAUCUAAUUUAG